AUGAGGCGGAAGAAACAGCAAAUAUAUUCACUCGUUAUUCUUAAUUCUUUUUCCGUAAAUUGUACAGCUUCAGGUGCCCAGGCAACUCAACGUAAAGAGGUUUUUGUGUCUCCUUUUGGGCGAGAUGCUAACAACUGUGGCACUGAGGUUCUCCCUUGUCAGACCAUCACACAAGCUGUCCGCCAGGUGACCUGGAAUGGAGAGAUAUACCUCAAUGGGAGUGGCACCGAGAAUUUCCCUUACAAGUGCAGUCGUCCUAACGAACAUCUUGGGAUUUGCAUUAAGAAAAGUUUGACUAUCACAGGGUUCUUGUCGCCCCACGUUUUUUGUCCCGGGGGAAUUUAUUUCCAAAAGAAAAAUGACAAGAAGCACAUUCGGGUGAAAUUAUCAGGGAUUGUUUUUACGCAAACAUCUCUUACAUUUGAAGAUUGCAAGUGCGUAACACUUGUCAACUGUACGUUUGGUGGCGCUUCGGAGCUUUUGCGUGUUUAUAUGCAGAACAUUACUACAUUCCAGUUGGAUAUCACUGGACACUCGUUUUUUCACAACAAUUCGUUAUGCUUCAUGCUUCUUUUUCUCCAAAAUAUUAAAAACAAAAGCCGUUUUGUGACAGUCAAUAUGAGUGAUACGUAUUUUACAAUGAAUGGAGUCGACAUUGAACAGCAGCGUGCUCAUACAGGAGGGCUGAAGAUGGUAUCAAAGGAAAAGAGAGCUUCAAAAAUUAUAGAGUAUGUGAAUAUCUCUUGUAACAACGUUCAUUAUGUCAACAACUUUGGGUCCUUUUUACACUUUGAUGUUCCAAAUGUGUUGGUAAAGGAGACAUACGAAGAUCUGAAUUUCAAUUCCAAUAACUUACAGCCGGCAGGGAACAACCUUUACUUUUCAAAUGUGAAAGAGACCAAUGUAAUUUUCAAAGGCUUACGAUGCGAACGCAAUCCGUCUUCGUGUUGUAUCAGAAUCCAGUCUAUCAAGGCAGCGGUUGAUAUCCAAAGUUCUCUUUUCGACGGCAUUUUUCAAGCUUUGUAUCUUGAAUCUAAGAUUAAUGCAUCCCUACGAAUUUUUGGUUCAGUGAUUAAAAACAAUAGUGCAGAUGCUGGAGCUGCACUGUUUGCUACGAGCCCGAAAGGCUUUCUCAAAAUCAAUAUUACAAAUACGCUGUUCAGUAACUGCCGAGCCAAGAAAUAUGGAGGCACGAUAUCAAUAGGGCGUCGGAACAGUAGACAUCAGAAACAGUCAGUUCCAGAUACACUAGAUUUCACUCUCAGAAAUGUUUCUGUGAAAGAGUGGACCGGGAAUGACCACAAAUAUUCAACUAUAGAUGUCCUUCUUAAAAGUGGGAAAGUAACAAUAGAACAGUCCAACUUUUCUAACACAAGGUCAGCAUCACCCAACGGCGCUGUUCUCGUCAAUACGCUGGGGGGGAAAUCUAACAUCACAGUUUUAAAUUGCUCUGUCAUUGUUAGUGGUGUAAAAACACCAAAAGCCAAAAGUCAAGCGUUAACCUUCAAAAUAGUGGCAUCAAAGAAGAGUGCAGGUAUUGUAUCAAUAUCAAACAGCUUGUUCGAAAACAUUGGCGAGAAACAGAAGGGCUUGUCUGUAAGUCCCAAAUACCACAUUAGAGUGAUCAAUAUAACAGUUGUAUCAUUCUUCUAUGGAUUCCAGGUACUCGCUGAGUAUCCCAGAAAUAUCAUGUGUCCGAUGAAUAUCUACAUCGACAAAUGCACUUUCAUCAACAACAUCUAUGAUAUGCUGUUGACUCCGUAUGAUCCAACCUUUGUCCACGUAACGAUUCAGAAUUCACUUUUUACCAGUAAUGAAACGCUUUUUCGAAAAAGUUAUGUUAUUCGCCUCAACAUCCGUCUGGAAAAGAUCUCUUCCACGAAUGCAGUUGUAAUGCUUGACAAUGAUACUUUCGACUCCAAACCAUCGAUCAAUUUUGCUUUUUUCUUUAAAGGGACGAAAAAUGUGACAAUUAAGGGAUGCACAUUUCGUAACUGCAUUUAUGCGUUUUCACAUGCACAUAAGUGGCCCAUUGAGGCUGGAGACUUUUAUGAGACUGGUUCUGGCGCAAUUUCAAUCUUGACCCAUCCUGAUACACUGCUAAGGAAUGGAUGUCUUCACUUUAACACUGUUAAUAACACACAUCCUAUCUGGGCAUACGAAAGUUAUGUGACAUUCAAAGAUACAGUAUUUGAGCAAAAUAUGGGACUAAUUGCUGGUGGAGUCCACAUAAGUAACGGAUUUACCACUUUCAAGAGAUGUCUUUUUAAAGAUAAUUUUGGCAUUCAACAGAGUGGCCACAUUUAUUCCUCAUCUGGAACUGGAAGACUGGACAUGGAAGAUUGUUUAUUCCUGAGAACAAGGAGAAUGUUCAACGGUAUAAACAGUUCCAGGUACGUAAAAGCAACGUUUUUGUAUUCUGAGAGUGGAGGGCCUUUAAAUCUUAAGAACACUUCUUUGAUAUCAGUGUUCCCUGCACGAAAUGACUUUCGAAUGUUUGACAUUUCCAGUGGAGGAUACGUUUAUAUGGAUGAUAAAUCCACCAUGCGGUGCAACGAAGGAAGUAAGCUCGUAUUGGAAAACGCUACACAUCUUGAAUAUACAAAGGAAAAUGGCGAAUCUUGCAGAAAAAACGUAACCGUCAUAAAGUACUCUUGUCUUUCAUGUCCCGUGGGUAAUUAUAGCCUCCAAAAAGGAACAUCGCGAGGUUUAUUUGUCAACAAUACCAUUCGUUGUCUUCGAUGUCCAUUCGGUGCUAGAUGCAUUGAAAGAAAUAUAGCUGCAAAGCCAAAUUUCUGGGGUUACCAAACAACUAAAGGGCACCAACAGCAACUGAAAUUUUCUGCCUGCCCGGAACACUACUGUCAAAGUCCGACAGACGUUUCAAAUGAUUUUAACCGUUGCCGUGGGAAUAGAAAUGGUACUCUCUGUGGAAAAUGCGCAGAGGGGUUCACAGAAUCUCUAUUUUCAACGGAAUGCUCUGAAGCUACAAAAUGCGGAAAAUCUUGGAUUUGGGUCGUGACAAUACUUUUAACACUUGGAUUGGUACUUUAUCUUUUGAUAAAACCGCCAAUACUUGGCUUCCUUUGCUGCCAGAUCCUUUGGUUCAGAAGAGGUCGUCAUCAAAUAAGACAUAAUCAAGCCUCAGACAGUGGGUUUAUCAAAAUAACAUUUUAUUUCUACCAAGUUGCGGAGAUUUUGAUGGACACGUCCAUAGAAAAUCGGCUAAAAAUUAUACCUUUUCUUGCCUUUGUGAUCUCUGCGCUUAAUUUUCAAGUUACAACGGUAAACAACAAAAUUGGUUGUCCUUUUUCAGGUCUUACAGCAGUAACUAAGGAGCUUUUUCUAUCUGGAACAGUGUUUUUGGCAGUGGCGAACGUCUUCAUCGUGUAUAUUUUGCAUUUGUUCAUUAACAUUUUGCGACAAAAGGAAAAGCCAAGACUUAUACACUAUGCAGCCGUUUUCAUGGAAGUAUUAUUACUUGGAUAUGAACGGUUGGCAGAAACGUCUCUGAACCUAAUGCAUUGUGUCUCCAUAGGAUCCAGAAAAUGGCUCUUUAUCGACGGAAAUAUCCCAUGUUUGCAGUGGUGGCAGUAUAUCCUACUGGCUUACAUUGCCGUGUUUGUGAUGCCCUUUACCUUUGUACUUUACUGGGGUUCUUCAAAACUUAGCAAGUCUUCUAUUACAGCAAAUGAAUUUCUCGGGGCUUGCGUGCUCCCAUUUCCUUUUCUGAUCUACUGGAUUUGCCAGACAAUUUGGAAUAGGAAAAAAGAAAACGUGUCUGCAAGUAAUCAGGAAGUCAACAGUGAUGUUUUGGAAAUACUCCAUGGGCCCUUUCGCAAAGGGACGCUCUACUGGGAAAGUGUUUUGAUUGGGCGAAGGUUUAUUCUUCUUUCUUUCCAUACGUUUAUUACGGACAGAAUGUUACGUGGGUUUUGCAUGACGAGCGCAUGUUUCUUGAUGACAAUUCAUCACGUUUUGAACAACCCUUACAAAAAUACAUUGGCGAAUAAAUCAGAAACACUCUCGCUUGUUGUUUUGACCCUGAUGGCUACAAUAAAUUUGCCAAAAGCAAUCUUCUUCUCAUUUGGCGUAGAAAUGAACAUUGAUGCCUCGAACGUAACUAAUAUGGAAAUGCUUAAGUGGAUUGAGGUUGGCGCAUUGGUCUUUAUUCCAGCUUUUUUAACCCUGCUGGUGACGUUCGCGUUGUUGUCCCAACUGGCAAGAUUUGGACUGUUUGUCUUCAAAUAUAUUGGACGCUUAUGUCUUUAUCGCCUCUCUAAUCGGAUGACAGAAGCGUACAGCCCCCUUAUAGGUACAGAGGAAAGUUAAGUUGUUAAUAAAAAAUAUACUUCUUUCCAGCAAAUAUAGAUUAUAGUCCAUAAGUUUAAAACACAAUUCAUGUUUGUAGAACCAAAUGAGAUGCAUUAACAUGUUUUGAUCGUUGUAUGGCGAAUCAGCAUUAAUACAUUCGCGUAAUGCACCUAUCAAAGUAAACCCCGUGGGGGGGGAGUGCGGGCAAGGGGUGGGGAUUUGACAAAUUUUAAAAUUUUUUGAUCAAAUCCCCCAGGGUGGGAAACGAAAGGUCAAUCAAAAGUGUCAAAAAGCCCCCACCCUGGGGGAAAAAUCUAAACAAAAAAUACCAUAAUACUAUAUAAAACGAAUAAAAGAACAUUUCAAAAGUACAUUCUAACUACUUUUAUUUAAGGUUAACGUAAGUUCCGUUAAAUUACUCGCUGUAAUUAAGUAUUUUCUCUCUCCUCUAGCAUCUCUUAUUUUGAACAACAUAAUCGCUCCAGGAAGAUUGACCGUGCUAUUAUAUUAAUGAAACGCAAAAUGCUUUAUAACAUCUGCUCAACAUGUCGGAACAGGUCGGAUCAGUGACCCGUUAAAAGUCCUCUGACUUUCAUGGUAAAAUUCGAUUUCAAUCGUGGUUUACAAUCAGAUGGGAACUUGAAGAUAAAAACUUUCUCAAAAACAACGGUAACUUUACAAAGGCCCGGGGGACGCGAUGAUACAGAUUGAAUGAUGAAAUGAAACCCGGCUUCCAUCGGCCAAAAUCCAACGUCCCCUCCCCGGGGUGGCCUCCCACCAUCAAAAGCCCGGCAAGGGGAUAAACCCCCGCAACAAAAACCCCCCCCCUGCCCCCCCCCCCCCCCCCCCCCCCACGGGAUUUACAUUGAUAGGUGCAUAAGAACAACUGUUUUUGUAUCAUUUCAAUAUCGUAUUAAAAAACUCAGUAAGGGUAGCUCUAGGGCGACAAGGGGAGUAGAAGUUUAAUAGAAGCGGUAAGAACCAAUGAUUUCCUCUUUGUUUAAACGAUUUCGCAUCAGAUCCUCUUCUUCUCCGAAGCUCUCAUUUUUUUAAAAGAUCUGUAGACAUGUUUUGACUAGAUUUCGUAGAUCAGAGGUUGCAACAUGUACGUGAUAGGUCAAUGAACUCAAUUUUCUUUCAGGGAAAGAAGAUUUCGCCUGAUGAAAAUCGCUUCGAAACGUCACGAUCAAUAUUUAUUUGACAAUCGUGGGACAAACGAUAACGAAAACUUUUAUAAAUGAGUUAUUUUUAUACACAUUUAUACCGAAAAAUUGUUUAAAACAGUACUGAAACCUGCUAAUUUGCUUGCACGUCUGGAGGUAAGGCAUGCUUCAAAUAUCGGGCUUGACGGAAAAUCUAUCCGUUUUACUCAUUUCCAUUUAGAUUUGGCUAAUGUGAAGUACGACAUUUGAAGCCGUCCUUACAAUACUAACUAACUGUAAUACGAUAAUUCACAUUAUUUUUUGUCAAGGUACUUUAAACUAAUCACUAAUUCUUUUUCGCAAUAUUUUGUCUAAGGAAUAUUUUAAAACUGAAAAUUGCUUGAAGAAUAAUAAAUAAAAUUUUAGAAAAAUAUCUGCGAUUCCAAUAACUGGCGUUAAGGAGCGUAGAAGAAGGGUUUCAGUUUGGGUAAGUCAUCGUUUGAUUUUGUUCUAAAUGGAAAUCUGGGUUUUACGAAAACCGAAGCGUCGGUGACUUCAAAUUAACUUCAGAAUUACGUCUAUGUUCGUUGGCUUCAAUCAGGUGUAAGAUGGAAGAAACGUCCUGUAAACUAAUAUAUAUUUUUUUUGUCCAGGAACAUCAUUAUAGAAAUUCUACUAAUCCUACACCAACCGUUUCAAUUAAAAUGUGCAGUCCAACAUGUAUUGAGGUUUCACUUUCUUGGGAAACUUCCUCACUGCUUAAAUGUACCUGUUUAACCAGCCUUAUAAAUCAUGAAACGAGAUGAUGGUGUUGUGGGAAAAGAAUCCUUCUGAAUAAAGUAGAAAUACGUGUAUCGCAGAACUUCGUGAAACUCAGGGGGAGGCCCAUACAAUGUCAGGGAUGGAAGGGGGGAGAGAAAUGGCCUGAAUGUAUAAAGUGUUCUCAAUCACGUGGCCAGCAGCUAGCCAGCAGUUUCUUAUUGCCUAAUUUAGCGUUGAUGCCCAUCGUCCAAAAAGUAUUUCAGUUUCGAUCUUUAUGUAAUUAACUUCAGGAGACGAUUUUUUACUGGUUAAAAACAGAAACAUUACUAUACAAGUCUUUCGUUUUUAACCAUUAAGUAUUUGUGCCUUUUAAUUUUACUUCAUUUGGAAGAAACGCAACGUUUUCAUUCACAACGUCUUGUCAAUGAAAACUGGGGCUAUUACCAUCUUGCUAUUACUCGUCACUGUACAGUUUCUCAGUUUAGCUGGCUUAUGGCGUUUUCAUGGUGCUUUACGUUGUUUAUUGUAGUUUCGUUGUUCAUCGUGAAAAUCACAGGUAAUUUAAUAUUCUAUAACAAACUCUCCAAUUGUUGAUUUAUUCAGUCUGUAUUUAAGACUUGACAUGCCCUUUGGAGUAAGUUAAAAAAGGCUAAUUAUUUAGAUAAAUGAUUAUUUAGUUAAAUAAUCAUAAUGGACAACUUGCAACUUAAAUCUUAACAAACAUUAAUAAUCUGUGGCCCAAGACCAAGUGCCUUCUAUUUGGCUAAAGCGUUAUUACUCAUUAAUUCUAAUCACUCAAAUAUUCAACAUUUUCAACUUCCCAAAAUUUGUGCCUUGAAAAUGGAAAGUCUCUGGCAUCAAAAGUAGGAAAUUCAUGAAAGCAUUGCAGAAAUGUAUGCGAAACCUUUGCGCAAGCCUUUGAAGGGCGACCUUAAGUUGGAAAUAUUUUAACUAGAGAGCGUUACAUGAUAUACAAAUUAGGACAUGUUGUACACCACGGCAAACAACAUGUUCAUGAUAUUCAUCACAAAUUCAUUCACGAACCAUCUGCUUUAACCAAAAAAAAUGAAAUAAGAAAUAUUUGAACGAAUUCUCAUUACCAUAGAAAAUGAAACAGUUAUAACGCGUUAUCUUUAACUUCCACGUUUAUAAAGACGCAGAGGAGAUGACGCUUUUGUACAGUUUGCUUUUGUUUCCCCCCUAAAAUGCUCCAUGUUUCCCACUACUGAAAUGCUUAGUCGCCCCCAUAAAGUCAUUAAAAUGCUCGGAUUAUGCUCAUCAUAAGGAUAAUAAAAAUGUACUAUAAGUGGUUUGGUCUGAUAACAAUAUUUAUAAGUGAAUAAUACAGCAAAAUGAAUGAAUUGUUUUAAGGUGGAAUUUGGAUUGUUUUAUUUUUGCGGGUUUAAGUCGUCGUUUUCUCUUUUAAAAAAAGUUUCUCAGUUAUACACAAUCCGUAUUUAAUUUUGAGCACAAUUAGAUGUAUCGCAGUAGGAAAACUGUAUCAUAGUUUUCCCAGCCAAUGCAAACUAGAAGAUAGAAAUUUGAAAACCAUGAAUGUUUUAGAAACUGAAAAACGACUGACUCGUCCCCAGUCGUCUUCGUGUAACGACGAGAUUGUGAGUGAGGACUCUUGCCCAGUGCAUUUUCGAGUGGUGGAAGCCUGAUUAUUUCCUUGUACCAGGCUCCAAGGCACUUACUUGUUUUUCUUCAAAACAUAGUUAAUUUUAAUUUUAAAAAGUGGAAUGGUUGGAAAACCCUUUGUAAUAGGGUUUUGUUACCUUUUUGGACCUGACCGUGCACAACGUUCGAUAGCAUUCCUAUCAUUUUGAAGUUAUUGACCAAUAGAAACAUUACAUUAACUUAUUCAGUCACAAUUUGUGAACAAAAAACAAAGGAUUGUGCACGGUCAGGGAGCUUCCAACAUAACCUACAGCACUAUUGUUUUCAACUUUGAUGUUUGCCGGCUUUCCUAACUAGUCUCCUCUACUACCUAUGUUCAAAAGUAAAAUAAAAACUCUGCAGGGACGUUUAUUUUUUAUUAAAGAAAACGCUGUCAUUUAAGUCCGGCAGAAAUAGAAUCAUAACUCCUUCAGGUAACCACAAUCUUUUGGUUUCAUCACUAUGUGACACCGACAAACUCAUUAAGACAUUUUAGGGCAUGAAAACAAAGAAAACUGAAAGCCCAUAAAAGUUAACUUUAAAGACAAUAUUUAUCUAUGUGUUUUAAAUUCCAAGAGGAAAAUACAAUGUCAAGUACAUAAUGGGAUACUUUACGUUCUAUGGUGGAGCAGAAGUUUGCGGCUUUCUCCGAAAUGUAGGCUAUUAUUUCGGCGCCCUUAUUGGCAUUGCCGUUUUCGAAAAAUAUUUCGGUUACAGUCUUUGCUGCAGAUCUUCAGCAUUCAAAAUGGUUGCCAUGAAGCAGAACACACGUCUUUAUAGUUCAGUUUAUCUUUAUUCCUUUUACAAUUCUUUGCGAAUGGAGGGCUACCAGUGUACAGCGUCUACUGUCCUUUUUUAUUUUUGCGAAAUAGAGGUUUUAAGGGCGAAGGAGUCCCCAUUAACAAGAAGGAAAACAGGUGUGAUAAGUGAAUGAGGCGAGAGAGGAAAUAUCAUUUUAACUGAUUUUUUUAAAUAUUCUUUUUCUCUAAACUGCAAAAAUUCAGCUGCCCAGGAAUUUCACCAUGAAAGGGUUUAUGUGUCUCCCUUUGGAAGUGAUGCUAACAACUGUGGCGCAAAGGCUCAUCCUUGUCAGACCAUCGCUCAAGCUGUCCGCCUGGUGAACUGGGGUGGAGAGAUAUACCUCAACGGGAGUGGUACAGAGAAUUUGCCCUACAAUUGCAGUCGUUCUAACGAACAUCUUGGUAUUUGCAUUAACAAAAGUUUGACUAUAAUAGGACUGUUAUCACCACGCGUUUCCUGUAGCAGAGGAUUUUAUUUCAGAAACGAAAAUGACGAACGGCAGAUACGGGUGAAACUGGUAGGCGUCGUUUUCAGGCGAACAUCUUUGACAUUUGAGGACUGUCGACGCGCAACAAUUGUCAAUUGCACGUUCAGUUUUUCUCCAGAAGUUUUGAGCGUUUUUUUACAGAACGUUACAACAUUCCAGUUGGAUAUCACAGGAUACUCAUUAUUUCACAACAAUUCGCUAUGCCUCAUGUUUCGUUUUCUAGAAAGUGUCGGGAACUUCAGUCGUUUCGUGACAGUCAACGUAACAGAUUCGUAUUUCACAAAGAAUGGAUUUCUGAGCCACGGUAAACUACGGCGCACUUACAGGGGAGGCAUAAAGAUGGUAUCGGAGGAAAAGAGGGCUUCAAAAUUAGAGUAUAUAAAUAUCUUUUGUAACAACGUGAAUUAUGCUGGUAACUUUGGAUCUUUUUUAGACCUUUCGGUGCCAAACGCACAGACCAAAGAGACACAUAAAGAUGUGAAUUUAGCCUUGAACAAGGCACCUUCAGGGGUCACCCUAUACUUUUCAAAAGCGAAAGAAACCUGUGCAAUAUUUAAAGGUUUGCGAUGCGUUAGCAAUCCGACUUCAGGGUGUAUUAAAAUACACUCCGACCAGGCAGAAGUUGAUGUCCACGGUUCUUUUUUCUCCCACGUUUCUCAAGGUCUGCAUCUUGAUUCUAAAAUCAGCGCAAAAGUCCGAAUUUUUAGUUCAGAGUUUGCAAAAAAUAAUGCUGGUUUUGGUGGUUCAUUUUUUGCUACAAGCCCUCGAGGAUUUCUCAAAAUCCACAUUAUCAAUGUGGUAUUCAGUAACAGCCAGGCGAAAAAGUAUGGGUGUACAAUAGCAAUAGGAAAACCAGAAGAAAUCGUCGGAAGAAAACAUCGUAAUGAGUCGAUUCCAGAUGAAUUGCAUUUCACUCUCAGAAAUGUGACAAUUGAACAGUGGUCCGGAAAGGGCUCCAAAUGUGCAGCUAUAAAUGUUCUUCUGAAAAGUGGACACGUAACAAUGGAAGAGUCACGAUUUUAUAAGAAAAGGCAAACAUCAGUGAUGGGUCCUUUGAUUUUGAAGACACUCGGAGGGAAAUCUAACGUGACUAUUUCCAACUGCUCAUUUGUAGACAAAUCUGUGAAAAAAAGACGGGCGAUAGCCUUUAAAAUAGUGGCAUCAAAUGGAAACGCAGGUAUCGUAACAAUAUCAAACAGCGUUUUCAUAAGCAGCGGGAAGAAACAGAAGGCCUUGUUUUUAAGUCCCAAGUACCGUAUUAAAGUGAUCAAUAUAACGGUGAUAUCAUUUCGGUAUGGAAUCCAGGUACUAUCAUCGUCACCCAAAAAUAGUACGUUUCCGAUUGAUGUCUGCUUCGAUAAAUGCACUUUUACGAAUAACAUCUAUGAUCUGAUGUUAACUUUGUUUGAUCCAACCUCGGUCCAAUUAACCAUUCAGAACACAAUUUUUACUAGUAAUGAAAACCUUUUUCAGAAAGGUUAUGCUAUUCGCCUCAAUAUCCCACCUCUGAAAAAUAUCAAUUUUUCAAAUGCAGUUGUAAAGCUUGACAAUGACACCUUCGACUCUAAACCGUCCAGCAACAUCGCUCUUUUCUUUAAAGGAAAAAAAGUUGUGGAAAUAAAGCGUUGCACAUUUCGUAAUUGCACUUAUACACACUCAGAUGUACAGAGGUGGAAUAUGACACAAACUCGUGAGUUUUACGAGACAGGUUCUGGCGCUAUUUCCAUAUUAACUUAUCCCGAUAAAAUUAUAAAGAAUGGAUGUCUUCAUUGGCCCACUACUCGUGAUACACAUCCUGUGUGGCAAUACGAAAGUUACGUACUCUUUGAAGAUUCUGUCUUUGAGGAAAACUUGGGACUGAUUGCUGGAGGAGUCCACAUAAGUAAUGGAUUCACUAAGUUCAGACGAUGUGUUUUUAGAGAUAAUUUUGGUAUUCAGCAGAGUGGACACAUCUAUUCCGCGUAUGGAACUGGUAAACUGGAGUUGGAAGAUUGUUUGUUCUCAAGGACGAAGGAAAGAAUGUUCGGAUGUAACAGUUUUAGCUACGGAAAAGCUAUUUUCUUACAUUCUGAAAGUGGAGGCCCUUUAAAUCUUAGAAACACAUCUUUAACAUCAGAAAUCCCUGCAAGGAGAGAAUUUUCGAUGCUUGACAUUUCUAGUGGCGGAUACGUCCACAUGGAUAAAAAAUCCACCAUGCAAUGCAGCGAAGGAAGUCAGCUCUUACUGGAAAAUGCUACCCAUAUUGUAUAUACGGAUGUUAAGGGCGUAUCUUGCAUAAUAAACGUCACUACUCUAAGGUAUUCUUGUCAUCCAUGUUACCCAGGUUAUUAUAGCCUCCAAAAGGGCACUUCACGAGGUUUAUUUGUUAAUUCUACCGUUCGUUGUCUUCGAUGUCCCUUCGGUGCUAGUUGCAUUCAAAGAAAUGUCGCUGCAAAACCAGACUUCUGGGGUUUCCGACAUCAACAGCAAUUGCAAUUUUUGGCGUGUCCGGAACAUUACUGUAAAAAGCCACGGAGAGAUUCAAAAGAUUUUAACAGUUGCAAUGGAAACAGAAGUGGUGCACUUUGCGGAAAGUGCGCUAAGGGAUUCACAGAAUCACUAUUUUCAACUGAAUGCUUUAAAGCUCAAAAAUGCGGACAGUUUUGUCUAUGGGUCGUGACAAUACUGGUAACAUUUGCAUUGGUGCUUUUCCUUCUGAUAAAACCACCUAUUCUAAGUUUCCUUGGCCGCCAGAUCCCUUGGUGUAGAAGAGACCAUCAUCAAAGUAGACAACAUGAAGACUCAGACAGCAGUUUCAUCAAAAUAACAUUCUAUUUCUAUCAAGUUAUAGAGCUUUUGAUGGACACACCCAUAGAAGGUCGGCUUAAAAUUAUACCGUUUCUUGCCUUCGUGAUUUCUGUCUUCAAUUUUCAAAUUGCAGCUAUCAACAACAACAUCGGAUGUCCUUUUGCAGGUCUUACAGCGGUAACAAAGGAGGUUCUUCUAUCUGGAAUUGUGUUCAUGGCAAUGGCAAACGUCUUCAUCUUGUAUUUUGUGCAUUUUUUUAUUAACCUAUUGAGGCAAAAGGAAAAGCCAAGACGGUUACACUACGCGGCCGUUUUCAUGGAGGUACUAUUGCUUGGGUAUGAGCGGCUCGCAGAAAUGUCCCUGAAACUGAUGCACUGCGUCUCCGUAGGAUCUAGAAAAUGGCUCUUUAUCGACGGAAAUGUUCCAUGUUUGCAGUGGUGGCAAUAUAUCCUGUUGGCUUACGUUGCUGUGUUCAUAUUGCCCUUUACCCUGAUACUUUACUGGGGUUCUUCAAAGCUCUACACAUCGUCCAUUAAGGCAAAUGAAUUUCUCGCAGCUUGUGUCCUUCCACUGCCUUUUCUGAUCUACUGGCUUUACCAGAGCAUUUGGAAUAAAGGAGAACGACACGUGCCCGGGAGUGAUCAGGAUGUCAACAAAGAUGUUUUGGAAAUAAUCCAUGGGCCAUUUCGCCCUCCAGACACUGACAACAAAGGGGCCCUCUACUGGGAAAGUGUUUUGAUUGCGCGAAGGCUUAUUCUUCUUGUAAUCCAUACCUUUAUCACAGAUGCAUUGUUACGUGGGGUUUGCAUCUCAGGCGCUUGUUUCCUGACAACAGUUCACCACAUUUUGAAGAACCCUUACAAAGAUCAGUUGGCUAAUAAAUCAGAAACUUUGUCCCUCGUUGUUUUGACCCUGAUUGCUGUAAUCAAUCUGCCAAAAGCAACCCUCUUUUCAUUCGGUGUAGACAUGAGCCCCGAUGCGUCAAAGGGAUUUUAUUUGGAAAUGGUCAAGUGGUUUGAGGUUGCCGCUUUAGCAUUUAUUCCAGCGUUAGUAUUCCUGCUGCUCUUAUUCGCAUUGCUAUCCCAGCUGGCAAGAUUUGGAGUGUUUUUAUUUAAGUAUAUUCGACUUUUUUGUCAGUAUCGUCCCUCUGACUUGAUGGCAGAAGCACACAGCCCCCUUAUAUAG